UCCCGCGGAUUGAUUAGUGGCCGUGCGAACUUUCACGAGCGUAGUCGACGCCUCACGAACUUCUCUCUAUCGAUUUUCGAAAAGGCGCUUUCGUUCAAACUUCGGUCCACCGGGCUGCCUCCCCUAGAUUCGCGCGGAAUCUUUCCCCCUUUUUCUAUCCGUUCGAGCAUCCCUGUUUUUGCCUUAGCUUGUAAAUUAUCCUUCUUUAAAAUCAUUCGAAAAUAUCGUGAUCGAAAUUAGAAGGAUAUUAAAACGAUUUGAAUCGCAAUACGCACGUAUUCGCGCGUGUAUAGAAAUUUACGAACGCACGCUUUAUAUUUGAAAAGAAUUAUGUAUUAAAUACGCGCGUCGAAAAAUGAAGGAACUCUAAUUUUUUACGAUUUGAUCCAAUGAUCGAUGAUUUGAUAAUUUUAGGUUUACUCGUGGAGAGUGCGUAUCGCGUUGAUUUUUCGUUAUUCGAAUAAAUAAAAGGAGCAUUGUUUCGCCCGAUAAAGAUAUUCAUCGUAGAGCAGAUUAUAUCGAGCGACGUAUUUUCAUGAAUGGAAACGAAUGGAAAUAUCGGUUCAAAAUAAUAUAACCUAUUCAAAGAUGGAUUUAAACGUGGAUAAUACAUACCUCGAAACGUUGUCGGCGUGACAUCUAUUCACAUCAUUUCUACUGGCUUCAUUGUCAAUGCUACACUUCGUGUCGUGGCACCUCGCCAUCGGAAGUUGUCUUUUGCAUUUUCGGUUAAACAAUCUUGAGAGCCAUUCUUCGUCAUAAGCCAUAACCAGACCGAAUCACGGCGAAGUUAAAUACUUCCGAUUUCGUGAAUUACGUUGGGCAACCAUGAUUAAGCGGAUAAAACUUUGCCAACUCCGCGAUUUUUAUACCAAAAUUGCCAAUCGUGCGAUAGUGAAAUGAGGUUACUUGUAAACUUUAAGAGAAAUGUCAAAAACAUUUUGACAGGGACACCUUGAAGUCAACCUCAUGUUCCUCAUCCAUCGACGUACGUACUGUACAGUUAUCGUUUCGAUUACGUAUGUUCCAAUAACGUAUGCGUUCUUUCUUUUUUUUUUUCCUUUUUUUCAAAGUAAUUCCAUUUCGAUCGAAGGAGGGAGGAGAGAGAGAUCGUACGUGAUUCGCGCUGUUCCCUCGAUCUCGAUUUCGAUCUCGAUCUCGCCAAGAGAAACUCGUGAAUGGGUCACGUUUGAUAUUCCGCGUAAUCUAGAAUCAAAUCGAAGAAACGGUGACAGGCGCGCGAGAACAUUAGAAAUGUAGAUUCGGGUGUCAAAGCCGAAGCAGGCCACACCCUUCAUUCAUAUUCUAAACAACAAUUUGCCAACGUUAACCGGUUCACGUAUAUCUGUCCUUCAACGAUCUCACUUCGUCUUGCUCAUUCUCCUCGAGACGACAAAUAAAUCUCACAUUUAUACCGUAUUUACGGUAUACCGUGCUCGACCGUGUUGUACCAGAUACAAACUCGUACAACAAUUUUCUUCCAUCCAUUUUUCAAGCUCCGUUUCGAGAAAAAAGAAAGUUUUCGAAAAAAAGAAAGAAAUUCUCGUGAUUUUGAACUUUUAUCAUUUCCUAAUUUAACGAUCGAAAUUGCAAAAAUUGCAUCUUAUAAAUUGCUCGCGAGUUGGAUUUGCGAACAGAACAGUGAAAACAGUUUUGAAGCGAAACAUGACGAAGCGUUUGUAUCGCGAAAAAAUAUCAGGUAUCCCGUUGUCGGAUGAUCGGAGAGAAAACGACGGAAGAAGAAUUGAGCGUAGGAGCAAGAGAAAAGAAAAAAAAGAAAACAAUCGCAGAUGAUAUUGGAGGAGAAGGGUGGGAGAAGUUUACUCUCCACGAGGAAUAUAUAAAUGGGUGGGCAGGGCUGAAAUUUCUAGUUGGUGAAGAUAGUUUGCAAGGCCUAUAAGAGAAGUUGUGUAUCGCACUAUGCAGGUCCACGUGACGUCGUUUGUCUUCGCUGUGUUGCUGAUCGCUUCGAUAGAAUCGAAACCACUCUGGCCAAGCGUACGUUCGGACAAUCGAUACCUUUCUACAACCACCAACGUGGACAGAGGAUUUCUUCAGUACCAUGAUUUUCCUUAUUAUGUUUAUAACGUACAUUCCGAGGUAAAUGCGGCUCCUAUCAUAGCACAUGGGAAACUGCCUGCUUCUCAUUUACCUGUUUAUAGCUUUUAUUAUGGAACCCCGACUUACGACUUCCGGCUACCAUUGAAUCCGGUGUAUCCGUUAUUACCUGCUCCUCAUCCAGGAGAUCAACCAACUAGCGCAAAACCGAUCGAUGAAGAUGGUGAUGGUAUCGAAAAGUUGGAGACAAAGAUCGAAGAGGGAAAAAAGGAGAGGAAAUGAAAAAUUAAACGGAGAAAGCAUCGAUGAUAACGUUUAUUGUAUAUUUAAUCGAAAUAAGUUUUGUACGUGGUGGAAAGAAAUUUUCCGAAAUUCUUUUUAUUUUUUAUUUUCAUUAGUUCUUCUGAAAUCUGAAUUUGACAAAUCUUUUUUAUACAUAGUGCCUCGAACCAUUUGAAAAUUCAAUGACACUUCAUAGUCGUUUAAUUAUCGAGAAAUUUUUAAGAAAUAACGUUUCCUUCCUGUGUAAAAAUUUAAAACUUUAAUCAAAUAAAAACACUUUUAUAUCGCAA